AUGCUAUACUGCUCAUCUGUAUGGUCAAAUACCACAUUCCAGAAUAUAAACAGAUUACAAUCAAUUCAGAAUUUUGCCAGCAAGAUCGUAACAAACUCUAGGAAGUUUGACCAUGUAACACCUUUGCUUCGUGAACUAAAUUGGCUUCCUGUUAAAGAACAAUUAUUCUAUAGAGACUCCGUUCUGACCUUUAAAUGUCAGAACGAUCUUGCGCCUCAAUACUUAACGAGCAAGUUUGCCAAACGCUCGAAUAUACAUACUCGUAACACUCGUACGCGGAACUCUUUGCAGAUUCAGCUAUACAGAACGGCUAUAGGCCAGCGCACAUUUUCCUACAGAGGGGCCAACAUAUGG